AUGGCGAGUGGUGGCGGCAGCAGCAGUAGAGUGAUGGGCAACCUGAACCUCCCAGCCGGGUUCCGUUUCCACCCCACGGACGAGGAGCUGAUCGUGCACUACCUGAUGAACCAGGCCGCCUCCAUGCCGUGCCCCAUCCCCAUCAUCGCCGAGGUCAACAUCUACCAGUGCAACCCUUGGGAUCUCCCUGCCAAGGCAUUGUUUGGCGAGAACGAGUGGUACUUCUUCAGCCCUCGGGACCGCAAGUACCCCAACGGCGUCCGCCCCAACCGCGCCGCCGGGUCCGGCUACUGGAAGGCCACCGGCACCGACAAGGCCAUCCUGUCCACGCCGACGAGCCAGAACAUCGGCGUCAAGAAGGCGCUCGUCUUCUACGGCGGCAGGCCUGCCAAGGGCGUCAAAACGGACUGGAUCAUGCACGAGUACCGCCUCACCGGCACCGAUGAUCACAAGAGCAGCACCACCAUGCGCAGAGCAGGAUGCUCCAUGAGGCUGGACGACUGGGUGCUGUGCAGGAUCCACAAGAAGAGCAACGAUUUCCAGUUGUCGGAUCGGGAGCAGGAGGGCUCAGCUGUGGAGGAAGUAGAUACUCUUCUCAUCAACGACAGCACCACCACCUUCAACAACAUGAACGACUCUACUGAAGCAACUCUUGCUGGUCAAUAUCAUGAGCAGCAGCAGCAGCAGCUCCAUCAUCAGACGAUGAGCAAGUCGUGCUCGCUCACCGACCUCCUCAACAGCAUCGACUACGCGUCGCUCUCGCAGAUGUUCCUUGACAUCCCUGCUGAGGCCCAGGAGCCGCCACAGCAAAGCCCUUCACUAAUCUACCCACCAGUAACACAAACAACACACCAAGUCGUUAAUAACUAUGACAACAACAACAACAGCGUGAUGAACUACAGCAGCCACGUCGGCUUGCCGACUGCGGCAGUAGACGCGGUAAUAGGCUCAGAUAACAACGGUGUGAAGAAGAGGAAGAGAGUGAUGGCCGUGGACAGCGGCGCCGCCGCUGAAUCCUUCGAUGAUGUCAGCAACAGUUUCAGUAAUAAGAAACUGAAGCUGCCAGGUGAUUCGAGGAGCAGCUACUGCAACCAGCUGCAGCUUGUGGACAGUAGUGCGAGUGGCUUUCAUCAGUACAGAAGCCUGCUGCUGAGCAAUCCGUUCUUGAACCAGCAGCAGCUGCUACUGAACAGCCACAUCGAGAUGCAGUAA